ACGGUCAUGUUGUAGUUAUGGAUCAGGUCUCAUCAUCUCAGGUUUCCUGCUGGAUUUCAACACUCACAACGUCCAACUCUCCUGGAUUCACACGCUCUAAAUAUAGCUGCCUUCAAGUCAGUCUGGACCGCAGGGGAGACUCAAAACUGCUGCUGAGAAACACGGAGACCAAAACUUUGUUAGUAAACCGUGUCUGUGAAACCGAGGCUUUAAGACGCUUUCUCUUUUUUCGGGCAACUGUGAAAUGCAAGAUUGUUGAACUAAUGGACUGACAGUGCGGAUUAACUAGUGGACUGGUUCGCAGUGAGGAACAUGGAAUCAAUCAGCAAUCGAGAGGCAUUACGUCAGUGAAGUAAUCUCAGUCGCCACAGAUAUUUCCCAAGAGGUUUACGUAAAGGAAAGUUCAGCAUUUUCUUCAACAGCUGGCCAUAAGCUGUUUCAGCAGACAUGAUAUUCCACUUGUCUCUGAUAGUUGUCCUCAGUCUUUUCGUAUCUCAGUGCUACAGCGCCUGUGCGGAGGUGGACUCCAUGACUGAGGCCGUGGCAGGAGAAGGAUUCCUGCUGGGCUGCAUCUCCUGUAAAAGAAGAGAGGAGGUCGCUGCCCGGGCCACCGUAGACUGGCACUUCAAAUCACUGGGAGAGGAGGAGUUCAGGCAUAUUUUCCACUAUGACCACCCGAGUGCUGAGAUCCUGCACGAAGACUUCAGCAACCGUCUGGAGUGGCACGGCACACAAAACAGCGAUAUUCAGAUCGGAGCCAUUUACAUUCAUAACGUCACCUUCAAUGACACGGGGACGUACCAGUGCAUCCUUCAACGCACCCUCUUCCUGGAGCUGGCUGAUGAGCACGUCACUGUGGAGAAGGAGGUGGAGCUCAGCGUGGUGGCUGUGGCCAAUCGGGAGCUGACAGCAGUGAUUGCAGAGAUAAUGAUGUAUGUACUGAUCGUGGUUCUGCAGCUGUGGCUCAUUGUGGUUCUGGUCUACUGUUACAAGAAGAUUUCAGCAGAGCACGAGGCUCGGGAGGCUCGUAAAGCUCUUAAGGAUCAGGCAGCACUGUUAGAAUCAAAGGACAACUGUGACGGGGUGCAGUUAGAGUAACUUCACCGUUAGGAAGACCAUCUGUGCAAGAGUCAAGCUUCAUUACUGCAGCCAUGAUUCUGCUGACAACGACACAACUACUGUAUGAAAGGUUGAUUUUGAACACACUGGUCGCGCUCAGUAAUAUUGGACAAUUAAACACUUGAAGGUUUGUGUAUUUUAUUUUGAAAAAAGGACUUUAAUGUAGGGAAUCCAAUUAAACGACCGACUUAUUGAUUCAGCAUAAUUUGAAAUACUUCAAAGUAUCCCAAUAACAAACAUCUUAAUUUAUAAUUAUUCCUCAGUUCUAUAGACUGCUCUAUUUUUUCAGCAGCAUCAAUAGAAAUGUGUAUUGAUGAAGCAAAGAAAAAUGUAAAUGGAUUCCAUCCCCAUCAUGUUUACAUAUGUACCAUGUAAAUAUGAUGGGUAACUUCAGCCCACGACCUUUGUAGCAACUCAUUUCCUCUUACAUCUGUUUUGAACAUACAACACAAGCAGAAAUGCCAAAAUUAUAAAAUUAUAAAGCCUUUAAGUGUUUAAUUUUCACUGAUGCCAUGUCUUAAUCAUGCCAAAUGAGAGUGAAUUUCAUUUAUAUGACAUUCUGGAUAUCUAAGAAAGCAGCUUUAGUGUAUGGUAAACAUAAGCAGGAUGUUUUUAUUUAAAAAAAAAAAAAACUAUGUUCUAGUCAAUCUAAACUUUUCCAUUUGUCCCAGUCCGUGUCUGUCCAAGUCUGUAAGUGAAGCAGAGUAAAGUAAAUGUUUUUGUAAAUCAUUUUUCAUCCACUGUUUGCACUGUGUUGGAACAAGUUUGAAGAAACUAAUGAACUAAUCAGUGUUAACUUUGACAGUGACUGCAUUUGUUUUCAUGAUGUUGCCUGUAAUUUUCCUAUUGCAAAUGCUGUGUAAUGUGUUUUUAAAAAAUACUUUUGAAAGUGUGUUGGACAAAAUACAACAUUGAUCUCUUAUA